ACAAAGGGAUCACAAGAUAGACAAUAGUAAAGCAGCACAAUGUUAUAGUCUGUAUACAUUUCUGCAAAUAGAAAAAGGCAGUACCGUCGUUGUUCACUAACGUCGUCAGUGUCACUGUCAGAUCAGUGCCUGCUGACUUGUCAACUCUGUGGAUGAAAUCUGUUUGUUUCACGUGGAUUAGACGUUUAGGUUAUAAGUGUUUUGCGUGUUAAUUAAUUUUUCUGUUAACUUAUAAAUAUUUUAUGAGUUAUAAGGUUUAUCAGACUCAGAUUAAUUAUUAUUCAGUGCUGCCCCCCAACAAGUUGCGUAAUUAUUACAUAGCCCUGUUUACACGACUGUUUAUUUAUUUCAAGUUUGACGUUUGAAGAAUGCAAAGAAAAGGUAACUCAAGCUGUGAUCCUGGAUGGAAUGAUCCGCCUUUGUUUUCUUAUGAAUGCCAAACAACUCAAUCCAGAUCAUCUAAACCUAGAAAUGUCUUGAAUAAGAGAGUUGCUUUUCCGUUACAUGCGUCUCCUCCAUUGAACCAUAUACCGGUGGAUCCUACAGCACCUUUGCCUUUGUGUAAUAAAUCAACUUUGCCCCCACCUCCAUCAGCUCUAGUUCUACCAGUGGCAGAACUUCCUCACACUGAAGGCAUGAAAACAGCCGAGGUGUUUAAUCAAUCUGAAGCACUUCAAACUGUGCUGGAUAAUUUAACCGACGUAUUAAACUCAAAGUCAGAUUGCCAAUAUAAGGACAAAACUGACAUACAGCGGAGAUUAGAUAUCAUGAAGAAAAUGUGGGUUGAUGAUAAACUCUGUCAAAAUAUCCAACAAAAACUGGUUGAAUUAUCUGAAGCGUUGAAAGAGAAUGAGACAGAGAAGGCUGAUGAACUACACAAAGGGUUGAUGGUGGACCAUGCUCCUGUGUGCAGUCAAUGGAUGUCGGGAGUCCGACAACUCAUACACAGGCGAGAGCCACAGCUAACAGAAGAUGAAAGCUAAUAUUGUAUUCAAAACUGUAGUGUUUAAGGUGACCAAACAGAAGUGGACACUGGUAGUAGAACCUUUUCUGUGUUAAAACUCAUUUUGUCUACCAGUAUUCAGUUUUGUCUGGAUGUCUUCAAGUAAGUUGACUUCGUGGGUUAUAUACAACAUUUUUCACCUGAAUAUUGUAUAGUUAAGAAAAGAUACUUUGCUGAAUAUCGUGUAAAAAAGGCUGUGAUAUCAUUAGUUGAAAUUAUAAAUAUACUGCAUUCCUUGACAAA